AUGCCCAUCGCCCUCCCUAGCACUCAACGCAUCCCCUUCCGCCAUCGCCCUCCCUUCUGCCCGUCGCACUCCCUUGUGCUCGUCGCAUCCCCUUCCGCCCAUCUCACUCACUUCCGCCCGUCGCACUCCCUCAGCCCGUCGCAUUGCCUUUCGCCCGUCGCCCUCCCUUCCGCCUGUCGCCCCCCCUUCCGCCCGUCACCCUCCCUUCGUCUCGUCGCCCUCGCUUCCUCCCAUUGCCCUCUCGACUGCCCGCCACCCUACCUUCCCCUCGUCACGCUCCCUUCCGCCCGUUGCCCCCCUUUGUCUCGUCGCGCUCCCUGCCGCUCGUCACCCACCCUCCUGCUCAUCCCCUCUCCAUCCCCGUAUCUCUCUCCCCUCAUCGCCCUUGCAUUCGCGACACUGUCACCAUCCCUCCCUUCUCCCUUUCCAACUCACACACUUGUCACGCCCCCUUUCCAAUCCGCACACACCCUUCCUUCCCCCAACAUCGCCUUUCACCACCACACUGCUUACCCUCUCUCCUUCUUCCCCACAUCAUUCGCGGGCUCCCCACCGUCCUCCCCCCAGCUCUCUCCCCGGCAUCCUCCCCCGCUCCCCACGUCCGCUUCCCCCCAUCCUCUUCCCCGUUUCCCCAGGCCCACUUCCCUACUUCCCCAAGUCCCCAUCCUUGCUUCCCCAAGUCCCCUUCCCUGA